GAUAAACAGGUUAAUGGAACUGAGAUAUUAGAUGGCAAGGCAGCACGUUUGCCUCUGGGAAGAAUUGACGAAAACAUCCCAAUGCAAGCUAGGAACAUUGGUAAAACACCAAUGAAGAGUUUGUUAAGAAAAACAGCAAAAUUCAGAUCACCCUUCCUACAAAGGGAAAUCUCAACAUCAAAGCAACUGACCAUAAAGGAGAAAGAGCUUGCUUUCUACACAUUGUAUGCAGUUGAAGAAGAUAGGCAUGAGCUUAUGUUUUCGGCCAUCGAUGUUGACUUAAGGCGUUAUGAUAUGAUAACCCUAAAAAGAGGCAUAGUAGUUGGAACGGCUGUCAUAGAUGCAUGGGCAGUAAUCUUGAAUGGCCAAGAGCAAUAUCGCUCUGAAACAUCGCCUACACGAUUCUUUGCAACAACAAGCAUAUAUGUGGAUUGUCUGAAGCCAACUGAUUGGUCCUACGCCGACCAGAAGACUUCAUUUUUUCUAACACUAUAUGCUGAGAUACAGGCACAUCAUGGAGAUUUGCUUUCUGUUGUAGACAUGUUUUUCUUCCCGGUGUACGAAAAAGAAAAGUACUAUGCUUUGUGUUUCGAUACACGUCGUCAGCGACUGUAUAUACUAGACAACACUAAUGAAGUAACUGGAGAUGCAAAUGACACCAAAUAUAGGGGUGUAUGCCGCGAUCUGCGUAAACUAUUGGCCGACUUCCUAUACUACCACAACGAUGAGAGAAAGGCGAAGGCAGUGGCUAACUCAGUUGAGCAUGUCGUCAAAAUGUCGUGGGCUGAUAGUAAGAACGAAGUCGACACAGGAGUAUACCUAAUGAGGCAUUUAGAGACAUUUAUGGGUGAUGUUACAAAGGGGUGGACAUGCAACUUAUCCAAUAAACGCCCACAACAGUUGACAAGGUUGCGCAUAAGGUAUUGUGCAUCGAUAGUUGCGUGGGAGGGAAACAGCGAGAAGAAAGAGAUUGGAGACAAAGCAUCGUAUACCUUUACAGAGAUGUGCAAGAAUCCAGGAUUCAAUGUGAACUCGAUCCUACUUGGGUGAAACUUCAUCAACUGAACACUAUUCCACGUUAUAAAUUUCAGACGUUUUUUUGGGGAAAUAAAUUAUAUUGCAGACUCCAAAUUGAUUUGAAUA